AUGGCUGGUUUUUCUUUCCCACCGCCUCCUCCACCUCCGCCCAAGGCGACAUCCCAGGAUGCAAGCUCUGCGACGAAUCAGACACAACCUGGGGGCUACGGACAGCGCCCGGGCAGGGGCGGAGGAGAUAGAGGCCGCGGUCGGGGGAGAGGACGAGGCAACCGCGGCGGUUUUGGCAGAGGAGGUACCGCUAGCAAUCAUGCUGCUAUGAGCCACCCUCCGCAGUUUAGUCGCCCUCCACCGCAGCAAAAUGUAUUCAACAUGGGAAGUCUGCCUGCCGGAGGACACAUCAAUCCGGCAUUCGUAAAUCCGACCCUCCCUACCGCCCAGCCCUGGUUCUCCCAGGUGCCAUCGAGCCACACACUAGGAUACAAACCGCCUGCGCCCACCGCACCGAGCCCCCUCCAACCGCCCUCAGCUUCGCGACCCACAAACAAGCCAAAGGUGCAAGCUGCACCCUCGGUGCCGAGUUUCGGGUUUGCUCUUCCAACGUCACAGCCACAAAUCUUGCCCAAUGUCAGUAGAGAGGGGACCAAACCAAAAAAGAGGAAAGCCAAUGUGCUCGGCCUCACCCCUUCGGGCGACAUGCGUGAGGAUAGCGAAGAGGAAGAUGUCGAUGAGGAGGCCAAGUUUAGAUCUACCGGUGGAGCUCUUCAAUUCGAGUACAAGGGACGAUCUUCUACCCUGAAGAGCGCGGAGGAUAUUGCUGCCUGGAUUGAAGAGCGGAGAAAGCGGUUUCCGACAAAGGAGCGUAUUGCACAAAAACAAAAAGAAGAGGAUGAGAGGAGGCGUGCAAGAGAGGCCGAGAGGAAAUCAAGAUACCCACAACAGGAGAAGGAUACCAAGAAGAGGAAGCGUAAGGAUGACAACGUGCAGGACAAAGCGGUUAGGAAAGCAGACAAGCUCCGCGAGCAACUCAGAAAAGCCGAGGAGGCGGUAGCGAAGGCAAAGGCGAAGCUGGAAGGCAGAGCUACAGAGGAGGACGCGCCAAAGAAGAACCUAGGCAUCGAUUAUGACAGCGAUGACAGCGCUGAGCAGAGCGGUGAACAAGACGCGAUCUCGCUUGCAGAUAGCUCAUCUGAAGUCUCAGCAGACUCAGACUCGGACAGCUCGUCCUCUUCGGGUGGCUCGAGUGAGGGCGAUGCGCCUCCGGAGGAGGAAUCCUCGGCCAAGCGGCCGGUGAAGGUUCAUCUGCCCAACCGAAAAGCCCCUCAAGUCACACCAGCACGUCCUCGUCGAGACAAGGACAAGGAAGCACCCAAGAGAGUGACCUUGCGUGAUAGGAUGGUUGAGCAGGAGCAUCGGCACGACGCAGGAGUUGUGCUGCGGUUUGUCAAAAUGCUGGGCGAAAAGGGCAUGUUGGACUAA